AUGGCUGCUUACCUCUCUUACUUCUCCGGCAGCAGUAACAUCUCGAACGUCACGCCUUCCUCUCAGGGUUCAAGCACCCCCGGUGCGGCCUCGACAUGGUCAAGCACUCUUUCUUCUCGACUCGCCUCUUUACGAAAGGCUUUGACAAAGGAUUCGGAAGAAGAUGAUCCAGACAAUGAAGAUUGCUCACACAUCUCCAAUGUGCUGCGAGCCUACUACGCAGAAAAGGGAAGGGCGUUUCCUGAGUGGCUUCCACCUGAUCCUAAAAAGCCUGUUGCACCUCCUUCUCAGCCUCAGGGCUCUUAUGGUCAGUAUGGUGCUGUCUACGGCUCCGGUAGCACCUACAGUUCUCAAUAUGGUGGUCAACCAAUUCACGCGAGGGGCCCUUCUGGAGGAAGAGGGGGCGGCCUCUCGGAUCUCUGGGAUUCAGCUCCUGCCCAACCCGCCCCUCCUGCUCAAAGCCUUCGUGCAGCUCGACCGACACCACAAUCUUUGCGCUCCAGUGAUUCAGGAAAGUCACAAUCGAGCGGUCCAACCACACCUUUCGGAGGCCCGACCGCGGGUGCCCGACCUCUCCCAAGUCAAAGAGCUGGAAGUUAUCAGACAAAUCCCACUGCGAAUGCGCAAUCUCUAGGGUCGCGUGACCGACUCCGAGCUCGUUUGCAAGGUGGUGGAAGCGGAAGAAGUAGUCCUUCCGCAGGGUUAAACAGUGGAGGAAACAAUGGUCAGGCGGCUUAUGGCCCGCCGGGCGGAAAUUUCAGUAGCCAGAAUCGGGGCGGGUCCUCUCAGCCCUACAUUUCAGCCUCAGAGCCCUGGUCAACGGGCGGAGAUCCCUACGGUUACGAUGCUGGCGGCUACUCCAGUGGUGGUCUUUCGUCCAAUCAAUAUGGCAAUCAAGGCUAUCGACAGCGACCCGGAGGACCAAGAUGA